AGUUGUCAAAGUCCAACUGUCAAUACUGUUGUGAGUUGUGUUGUAUGGUUGUAGUUUAAGCUCGAUUGGUCAUUUUUCAAUGAAAGACAUUGCAUAAUUUUACUCGUAAUUGAAUAAAACUGAAAGAAGAUGUAAUUUUCAAGUGUAUUUCAACCCGCCCAUUAUGAUGGCACAGCUGGUUUGUGUAUUUAGAUGACUUUGUAUACAAUGGAGGAUGGUGUUAAUACCGAACAUAAUAAGUCAGUAAAGAUGGGGGCUACCGGAAACCCAAACAUCACACGUCUUGCGACAUUGCAAGAACGAAAGAAAACUAUUGAGGAGUCUUUAGCUAAAUGCAACCAAGAAUUGAAACAAAUAUGCUUGCAGGAAGCAGAUUUGACUGGGAUUAUUCCGCAAGAAAUGCCUCUAGAGCCCGGGGAAACACCGCCCCAGAUUCGCAGACGCGUCGGAACGGCUUACCAGUUACCAGAAAACUUGAUUAAAAACUCAAAUAGUAAAGAUGAGUCGGCUACAGAUCUUGAGCUUCAAAUACAAUUGCACGCCCAACUGGCAGAAGCCGCUCUGGGUCUGGCGAACGAACAAAAUAUUAGUAAGACAUUGCGUCGCCAACACAUGGCCGAUUAUCAACAACACAAAGUACAGUUUACUACUCUCCAAGAAAAAUUGACAGGUUUGAAAGAUAAAGCGCAGCUGCAGCAGUCGGAGCAGUUGCAUAAACAGAAGAAGAAGCCGAGACCUGCGGAACAAGAUGAUAAUAUAUCAGUAGGGACUAGUAUGAACGAGCCUUUUGGUAAGUCGGACCUGCGCCAUAGCAUGAGGUCCAAUAAGUGUGUAAGUAGCGAAGAUGUGGAUCAACGCUAUCUACUAUCCAACCCUAGAAUGCCAUAUAAAAAUAUUAAUAACUCAUACGUGGAAGGGUCUUACGCAAGACACGAAGAAAUAGCUAGGGGUUUGUACGCGUUAAGCAUCAACGGCUACAGAAGCUACAUGGAACGGAGAGAAAAUUUGUCAAAUCACAUAUCAAACUAUAAUACUCUACAAUAUAAUCAGCAUAAUGCGCAUAUACAAUUCCCGCAGCAUUCCCCCGGUAGCACGCACUACCCCCACCCAGCUCAAAACCAAUACCAACAAAUCGUUAGAUCGACAAACCACUACAACUACCCCAUUAACAAUCAGUACACGCAAGCCCCCUCCAUCCCCAAAAACCACCACAGUCCAACCAGUCAACUUACGUCGCGAAUCCAACACCGACAAUCUAGUCCAAACAUCAAUACUCCCAAAAUGUUCUACCCCCAAAACCUCGACUAUAGGUUACACCCAGAACCCGAGCAAAAUUUCCACACGAACAACCCGCACCAGAUACAGCCGCACCAACAAUAUGAACAGAUGAAUUUAGGUUUGGGAGGUUACUGGAAACGGUUGGAAAGCGGGGAAAUGGUUUGGUGUAAUUCUAGCCCCAUUGAGUCGAACUGGCAACGAGACAAGAGAUUCGGUAGUUUAGAUAGGAGGAAAAAUAAACGACUGCAUAAGCGAGUGUCGCCAUCUGUGUCCAAUAAGUCGGCAACUCUUGCUAGUGUGCCGCUUCAUGUAGAUCAUGUCAGAACGGCUACGGUGAAGUCGCCACAAGUGAUAAGUAGGAGGUCCCAAGAUAAUAGACAGCUUGUCAGAACUCAAUCGUUAGGUAGUGUAGGCGGCCAAACUAUCGAUAGCGUUUGGCAAAGUGAUGAUAACUCUUCUUGUGAAAGUGAUAAUCGUAGUAUUAACGAGGCGGCACAGGCUGCUCGCAAACAAAAACAAAAAGAGUGGAGGGAAACUUUCCUCGAUGGCCCAGUGUCGCCAACUCAUUCGGUCGUUUCAAGAUCCCAAUCGGCCCUUCCGUCCGUUUUGUCCCCAGAAGAAAAAUAUAUAUUAAGCCCACCACAGCACGUGCAGCCUGUGCAAACCCCCAAGCCCCCACUGGAAAUCCCAGCUGAAUCAAAUCCGUCCCCCAGAAUACCUGAUACCAACAUAGAGCUAUUUAACAAUAACAUCCCCAAAAAUUGUACCAUCGUCCAGGCCGGGCACUUCAAGCCCUACCAUGAAGAAACAAAACCCUUCGAAAUGGCGGACUGUUACAAAUAUUCAACGAAAUUCAAAAAGUCGCCCAUCAAGCAGCAACCAGACGAUCUGCGAAAAUUGCCGAUGAAUGCGUCGUUUCAGAAAAAUCUGAACGAGACGUUCGACAAAGCGCAUGCGCAGUCUGCCAAAAACCAUAAUUUCAGUCCUGGAUCGCCGCUCAGUCCGACGCGUUUGGACAAUAAUUCGCUAAAUUCGAGUUUUGAUCUCAGUCAGAUAUCAAACGCUAAUGUUGCUGAACGAUUCUCUGAUGAAAUGAACGCUUGGUAUAAACAUAAACUUCAGAUUGACAGCAGCGGAGGUGGUGGUACGAAGGGUAAAUCCACGGCGACGCUGGUCUGAAUCGUGAAGGGUAAAGAAAAGACUUAUUCGCAUUGCAAUAAUAUUCAGUAUACACGUAUAUAUUUUAUUUUGUAAUUUUAUUAUAUUCAUGUGUUAUAGUGAUCAGAAUGUUACGAUUUUCGUGCCUUUUAUACUUCACAAGUAGUGAUUGAUGAUUUUUCCGGUUAUAACCGUGCAAGGUGUGCCUUUUUAAAAUGUUACUGAUUUUUAUAACUAUUUAUUGAUCUCAAUUUCAAAAAGUGAUUAAAAUUUAAAUACUAUUGUUGAAAUUGUUAAAAUUUAAGGUUUUCUGAGAUAUACGCUCCAAGCAUUUUUUGUACUAUUUUAUAAGUGUAAAGUUAAGUUAGAUACAAUUCUAUAGAUAGGAACUUACUCAGCAAUAUUUGGUUUUCAGUUACUGAACCAAAGUUUUGUACCUUAACUCAGUUACGUUUCACUUCGUCACGGAAAAUCUGUGCACCACUCUUAGAUUCUAUAUUAUUUUAUUAUAGUUACAGUGAUUUUUUUCUUUUUUAUGUGGUUACAGACUUCUAGACCUGAUUCGCAGCAUAGGGUCUUACCGUGUAUUUUCUAUGUUUUAAUAAAUGCAGUUUUAUUUUAUUUA